AUGGUGGAUCAAAGCAUGUGUCAGCACAAUCGGCGGCUGCUGCUGCUGCUGAGUGCGGCACUCGGCCUCGUGGGCGCAGUUGCAGUGCCAGAGCCUACGGUGGCACCUGCCAAAGUCGUGAUUCAAGCGCCCGUGGUGACUCCUGCGGCGAUCCGGUUCCACGGUCGUCACAGUUACGUGCAAAAGCGAAACAUUAUCGACGAUAUCCAGAGCGGUGCGGACAAAUAUGUAAAGUCGAUAGGCAGCGUGCUCGGAACAGACCUGCCCAGCUUCUUCACCGAGGGUAUCCCCGGCUGGUUCGAAGGUCUGCCUACCGGUAGCCAGGUGCUCUCAAGUCUCGGCAUCAACGAUGGCGAUUUGGCUGCGCAGCCCACCCAAGUGCUCAACAUCCCUCCCUACGCGAACUGGACCGACCAGGGCUGGAACGUGCGCUUCCACGGCAAUGUGUACAAGUUUCCCAAUAUCAGCCAAAGCAAGGUCGACGACCUGGCCAAUGUAUUCCUGAUAGAUACAAGCGUGGAUAAGCUAAACAAUUCCGUAGAGCAAGACCAGGCACGCAACCUGACGCGCUCCAUCUUCAUCGUGCAGCAGUCCAAUGUCAAUGUCUCCAUGUCGCUCGAGCCGGCCCCGUCACAAGGUGGUGACGUCCAACGGUCUAUCCCCGGCAACCAGACCAACAAUGUUCAGCGACUGAACGUCUACACCAACGGUACCAUGACCGGCAAUGCCACUGCCUUUCUCUUGCCCACCGAGGGUAUUACUGUUGUGUCCGACAUUGACGACAUCCUGCGCGUAACCAAAAUCUACGAGCCCAAGGAGGGUCUCCUCAACUCUUUUGCCCGCCCCUUUACACCCUGGAUGAACAUGCCCGACAUCUACGCCAACUGGUCGCGCUCCCUCCCAAACAACACAUCUUUCCACUACUUGACCACGACGCCAGAACAAGCCACCCGCCUCUACAUGGACUUCAUCUACAAGACAUAUCCCGGUGGCUCCUUCGACACGCGCCCGCUCAACUUCUCCGACGUCAAAGCUACCUUGUCUAUCCGCAUGUACCUCUUAACCAAGAUCUUCGAGACCUUCCCCCAGCGCAAGUUUGUCCUUGUCGCCGAUACUUCCAACAGCGAUGUCAUGAAAGACUAUCCCCAGCUUGCCCACACCUAUCCCAACCAGGUACAAUGCAUCUUCCUCCGCAACACUUCGGCUACCGACUCCGGCAUGUGGUUCCCAUACAACACUGAAGGCUUCAAGGGCUUGAAUAACAGGAGCUACAUGUUCUUCCGUGUGCCAGAUGACCUGACUGGCUUGGAUAUCGCCAAUGGUCAAUGUUUAAACGAGACUAUCCCGCAGAACGUCACCUUUUCGAGGCAAGCUGAGAUUCUAGGUAUCCAUGGCAGUAGUGCUGGUACGCAGCUUAAGAGCGGUGCUACCAUUAGCUUCGUCGUUGCCCUUAUCGCUGCUGUCGGACUGUUGUUGUAAGACGGGAUGAGACGCGGGUUUCUAUGAUACAAGACUUCCUACGGAGCAUGUCUGGAUGCAUCUUAGGCUAAAGCUAUGGUUGUUGUUUUCUUGUACAUAAUAUUGCAGCUUUAUGAAUCAUGGCAUUUUGUUA